GGCCGCCGCCAGGUGAGCUCGCUCGGCCGCCCGCCGGGGGCUUCGGGGGCUGCGGGCCACCCGGCUCCGGGUCCCCGCGCCUUCCCGGGGAAGGGGACCGCCGCCCCCCUCCCCUCCCCGCCGCCGCAUCCCGGCUGCCGCAGCUGGGGGUGGGCUCGCUCCGCCGUGGGGCGGGGAGGGUGGCGGGGACGCCCGGCCCCGGCUGGCCCGGGAGGCGCAGGACUAGGGGCGCCGCGGGGGCACGCCGCGAGGGUCCCCGCGAAGUUGGCGCCCACACGCGCCCGGGGUCUCGAACGCGGGCACUUGCGCCGGGCGCGGCCGGCGAGCCGCAAAGGCCCAGGGUUCCAAGUCGCUCGGUUCCGGCGCCUGGGGCCGCCCCCUUCCCUCCGGGCUCAGGCGGGUGCUCGCGGAGGGGGGGAAAGAGAAACUUGGGAGACCUCCGGGAGGAGUUGGCGGAGCGGCCGGGGAGCGCGGUGCCCGCGGACCCCCCGGGGCGCCGGGAGGCCAUCGGUGACCUGGAUGCGGUGCUUUAUUUAAUGCUCUCUCCGAUUUAAAAAAAAAAAAGUCUCUGUGAUUGUCCGCAUCUUAAGGGGAAGUUGAAAGUGAAGUUGCGGGGGGGUGGGUGUUGGUGCCCAAGGAGUAACGUUGCCUCGUGUGUAGAGUUACACAUUUCCGGAGCACUCUGUAGAUCAUAUUGGCAUCUCUUCCCAAAAGUCACUUUGAUUCAACUUCGAUGAGUUUCUCGUAAAUGGCAACAUUUAGGUGGGGAGAGGCUGGAGGAAACCAGAACCAGUACAGCUGAUUUGAUUUCCAGCGGGGGAGAUUCACUUUGGCAGAAGGAGCGUGUGUGAGUUUUAACCCAGGUUUGGUAUCUUCUUGAGCGUGAAGUUAUUUUCCAGUUUUCCUGCCACCGCCCGCCCCCCCCCCCCCCCCCCAAGUACCCUGCCUCUUUCACAUCCGGGCUGAGGCAGUUGUGUGGGUUGGAUUUGGUUGUUUUUGGUUCUUUGGAAACUUGGGUUCAUUCUCCCUGUUUUGUCUCCGUUCUUCCGAAGAGGGAGAGCUGUAAAUGCAAAUGUAUGGCAGUGAAGUGUGUUUAAUCCCUAGCUGGAGAUCCGUAUAUGUAAAAUUUUAUUCACAUAUAGGAAGUCGAAACUCUAAUAAUGCUCUAAAACCUUGUUCUCAAGAAUUAGCACCUUCGACUUUUGGCACAAAGGAAAAAAAGAUUACUUUGAAGGUUGUGAGGUAUAACUUGACCUCCGCUAGGGUGAAAAGCCUCCCCUGGCCUUAAAAUAAUACUGACUUAACCGCUGUGUGUGCACGGGCCUCAGGCUGUGUUCAUUUUCUUGGUUUUAGAAGGAGAGAACAUAUUCUAACCAAAGCAAGACUUACUUUAGAUCUUAGGACUACAAACUGUACAUUGAAAGUGUCACUUGAUUAUACAUCCCAAUUGCAUUUUGGUGAGGGUCAUUACUGUUUAAAAGAUCAUUGUGGAGGGGUGAAAUGAUGUUCUGUGUAAGCAGCUUGUUACUUCAUGUUAUCAAAUAAUGAUUUUGAAACAGUAUCUUAAGUUAUUUAAAAUAAUCUUUGGUGCUGUUGAUAGGAGAGUAUCACUGCCCCUUGUAACUUAAAUUUUUAUCUGGUAUUCACAGGUGGAGUUCUGGCCACUUUUAUAACUUCAUUUUGUAACUAAAAAUAUGUCGGACAGUGCUAGAAAUUUUAUAAAGCAGUAAGACCAAGAGACAUUUGAAAGACUUUAAAGUUUGAGGUAUACCUACAACUAAACAUUUCUGAAAGCUCUUGACCCACCUGGUUGGAAACACGUCAAAAUUUGAGCCUUUAUGAAAUGUUUAAAGUCUGCUUGCCUACCACAUAAUUUGUCUUGCAAAUGAACAUUUGUGAAUUCUCUUAAUUGACUUUAUUCAUAUGUGUAGUAAAAGGACAUGUUUUAGUAAUUUAGAAGUAGUCUUUUUUCAUGUAAUUAUAUCUUAAUAUGCUCACGAGUGUUAAAGUAGGAAGGACUAAGCUCUAGGCCAUACUGCUGUUUCUUUUAUAAGGAAAUCUUUGUGGGCAGAAAGAAGUAACAGAUUCUAAGCUCUAACAAAACCGAUUUGGACUUUGAAUUUAUAUGACUUUAGAUUUGGUGAUUUUAUUCAAGUCCUUAGAUUGCUGGUUUCUUGGAGAAUAUGGGAGUCUACCUGUGGAAGUUUGUUUGAGUGUUCAUUUGUUAUUAGCCUUCUGAAAUUAUAAAGGAUGAUGAGAGAGCUGGCUAUAAGGUCUUUACCCUGGUCUUAUGAAAUGAUGUAGGCAUUUCUGCAGUAUGCUUUUAUUUUUUAUUAUUUUUAUUUUUUUAAGUUUAUUUUUUUUUGAGAGAGAAAGAGAGAGAGAGCGUGAGCAGGGGAGGGGCAGAGAGAGAGGGGACACAGAAUCCGAAGCAGGCUCCAGGCUCCGAGCUGUCAGCACAGAGCCCGACACAGGGCUCAAACCCACAAACCGUGAGAUCAUGACCUGAGCUUUAGUCAGACGCUUGCCCAACUGAGCCACCCAGGUGCUCCUGCAGUAUGCUUUUAGAAUACGGGUUGUCAUGAGGUCUUUGGACCUCUAGGGACCCAUGAAUUGACUUCAAGAGAUUCCUGAAUUUCCUAUAGUUGUGACCAAAACUUUUUGUGUGUGUGUGUGUGCCUUUCUAGGGAGAAGGUCUGUGGUUGUGUUAUAAAAGAGGUCCAGGGCCCCAAAAUGUUAGAGUUGUAUGUUUUUAUUCAAUAAAAUGGGAGAAUAAUCCUUGAAAGGAAAAAAAGAAAAUGUAGGUCUUUGUGCGCAGUACUUGAUGUUUAAAGUUGUCUUGGGUCUAGUCAAGUGGUCUUAGAGGUACAAAAACACUUCCCACUUUGUUGCCACAGGAAAGCAUUGCCUGUUAGUUGAUAAACCAUUCACACACAUAAAGGGCUUGACAUGCUCUUCCUGGGUGCGUUGUGGCUCUUUUUAUUUUUUUAAGUUUAUUUAUUUAUUUUUGAGAGCGAGAGAAUGGGGGAGAGAGAGCAUGUGCACGUGUAAGCAGGGGAGGGACAAGAGAGAGGAAUCCCAUGCAGGCUCUGCACUGUCAGGGCAGAGCUUGAUGUGGGGCUCGAGCCCAUGAGCUGUGAGACCAUGACCUGAGCCGCAUUCGAGAGUAGGAUACUUCACUGACUGAGCCACCUAAGUGCCCCUGUUUUAAAAUUAUAUUUAAAAGUUUAGACCAGAUAGACUGAUGGUCAAUAAGCAGAGAUUUGAUCUUGACAACCAGCCCUUGAAGCAAAUGGUUCGCCCAGCUCCACUUUCUUAUUGCUGUCCAGCAAAUCUGAAACGUGACUGGAAGGUAAGCAUUCUGAGCAGAGCGUGAUGGGAAAAACAGUCUCUCAUCAGACAGAUAUAAGUUCAGAUCUGGGUUCUUUCAUUCAGUGUGGCUAAGAAACCUACCUGACCGUCCAGCUCCUCAUCUGGGUAAAGCCUAUGCGGUAGAGGUAUGGGAAGGCUGGCAUGAAGUUUCCUGUGUAAAAAACUCUGAAUCCCUCACUUGGCCCGUAUGAAGGACUUGGAAGCUAGGCGCAGGUAACACUAAUAAACACCUGAAUGAAUGAAUGAAUGAAUGAAUGUGUCUAAACAUGGUAUGUGGUAAUGAUCUAUAUUAUUUCUCAAAGUAUGAUGAAAAUAUUAACAAAUUGAAACAUCUUUCAAAAAUUAGGUUUUCAAAAAUGAGUUUGGAUUAAGUGGUCCUUCUCUUGUAGAGGUCCGGGGGAAGGUUGAGGGAAGAUGAUGGUGAUUGGUGAAAUUGAGGACACGAGUGCUGGGCAGAAAGAAACAGUGCCAGCCCACCAAUAUCAUAGCUGUCUCCUUGUGGCCUCAGUCUCCUCAUAUGUAAGAUGUUGGCAAUACAGGGGCGCCUGGCUGGCUCCCUCGGUAGAGCACGCAUGCAACUCUUGAUCUCAGGGUCACGAGUUCAAGCCCCGUUGGAUGUAGAGCUUACUGAAUGAAUGAACAAAUGAACGGAUGAAUGAAUGGAAAUGCAGGCAAUACCUUGAUCUGAACAGAAUUAAGAAGAAAGAACUUCCACAAUCAUAGCAGAUGAAGAUCCACUGGUAAAUCAAUCAGAAAUUUUGGCCUGCCCGCCAAGGAAAAGUGUUCAGAUGAAAAGACUAAUAUGAUACCAGGAAGUCAAUGACAAAGGGCAGGGAAGGAAGAAGUAUAACAAACUCAAGUCUGCCGGAAGAAGUGUGACGAAGUCACAUCCAGACAGCAGAGAAGUUGGCCACCUCUAUCAUGCCAGAUGUUCCAGAUAAAAAACAUGAAACCCUCUUCCUCCCCACCUAGAGAAAGCACCUGUAAGCAAACAACUGUGACGAACGUGCCACAAGAGUGCUAUUAUUGCCACGUGAAACAUGAUGAUCAAAAUCCUUGUUUCUGUCACAGGCUUCAGAUUCUCACGUCAGUUUGAAAUAACAGAGCACUUACUGAGAGUGGUUGGUGUGGUCUGCUACUGUUUCAAGUACUUCACACGCUUUGGUUAUUAAGUAGUCUUUUAUUUUGCUAUCUUUACCUAUCACUUAAGCAAAAGCUUUGCAGGGCGCGCGCGUGUUUGUGUGUGUCUGUUGAGGAGGGGUGCUAAAUUUUGUGGGCUAGUGCUUAAUUUAGUAUACAAAAAUCUGACAAAACUCUUCUAAACACAUUUUCUAGAAGUGCUGUAUAUUCUCCUAAGCCCUGGGUCCCGCCCCUGCCGAAGCAAAGACAACCAUAAAGAGGGAGGGACUAACAACUCCAUCUGAAAAUGAACCCGAUUUUAAAAUGGCAAGAUUUUUUAAAAAAAAUUUUCGGGGCGAACGAAUCACUUCUAGGAGCAAUGGAAGGGGAAAUAGAGAAAUUUCGGGUAGUGUCUCCAAAACCUGUACACAGAAUCACCGCCGCCUGUCUCUCCAUCUUAAACUGGUUUCAUGAUCUCUCUUUGCUAGACGAGAAGUUCAAGUUCGCAGGGCGCACGCUGUGACCUCUAGUGGUGGGCAUCCGGCGAACACCGGGGCUUCGGGCUGACACCUGGGACGGCACCUGGGCCGCAUUUCCUUGCCGGCCGGUGGUUUCCUACACCUUAGGCGGCGGCUUGCCAUUCAUGCUUUUGACAGCUGCGUGGCCGCCCGCGAGCGGAAAGCGAAGUGCUCCCUGCACCAGCCUCUGGGCCCCUGGUCCGAAACCUCGGGCGGGAGGGCCCGACGGCGACCACAUUCGAUGGUGCCCCGGGGCCGGCCAGCCUGCUCCUCCAUAGGUGGCUGCGUUUCCGACUUCGCCCUGGCUCCACUCCGGGGGCUUGACGUGCAAACUUCGCCGGAGCGAGCUGAGAGGGAGGGACCGGCGUGGGGGAGGAGGCGGCGGGAGGCGCCUCUGCUUAAGGGAGCCGGCCGGGCGCCGCGGCUCGGACGGACGCGCGGACGGAAGGAAGGAGCGGGGCCGCCGGGCCCGGCCCGGGGAUGCGAGCGGCCUCAGGGAGCGGAAAGAAUGUCGGAGCGGGCCGUGGAUGACGUCAGGGGGGAGCCGCGCCGAGUGGCGGCGGCAGCGGGCGGAGCAGCGGCGGCGGCCGCCCGGCAGCAGCAGCAGCAGCCGCAGCAGCAGCAGCAGCCUCCGCAGCCCCAGCGGCAGCAGCCGCCGCCGCCGCCGCCGCCGCGGCGCCUCCGGCCGGAGGACGGCGGCCCGGGCGCCGCCUCCACAUCGGCCGCCGCCGCAAUGGCGACCGUCGGGGAGCGCAGGCCCCUGCCCAGUCCAGAAGCGAUGCUGGGACAGUCGUGGAAUCUGUGGGUCGAGGCUUCCAAACUUCCUGGGAAGGACGGGACGGAAUUGGACGAAAGUUUCAAGGAGUUUGGGAAAAACCGCGAAGUCAUGGGGCUCUGUCGCGAAGACAUGCCAAUAUUUGGUCUCUGUCCAGCCCACGAUGAUUUCUACUUGGUGGUGUGUAACGACUGUAAUCAGGUUGUCAAACCGCAGGCAUUUCAAUCACAUUAUGAAAGAAGACACAGCUCGUCCAGCAAGCCUUCUUGGGCCACUCCUCCCACUUCAGUAUUUCCCUUCUUCCCUUCUCUGUCCAAAAGCAAAGGAGGCAGCGGAAGUGGAAGCAACCGUUCUUCCAGUGGAGGUGUUCUAGGCGCAUCCUCAUUAAGUUCCAAGUUGCUGAAAUCACCCAAAGAGAAAUUGCACCUCAGGGGGAACACCAGGCCAAUGCAUCCCAUUCAGCAAAGUAGAGCCCCCCAUGGUAGAAUCAUGACGCCCUCUGUCAAAGUGGAGAAGAUUCAUCCGAAGAUGGACGGCACACUACUGAAAUCUACGGUGGGGCCGACCUGUCCUGCUACUGUGAGUUCCUCAGUCAAGCCUGGCCUUAACUGCCCCUCGAUACCAAAGCCAACCUUGCCUUCACCUGGACAGAUUCUGAAUGGCAAAGGGCUUCCCGCACCAUCCGCUCUGGAAAAAAAGUCUGAAGAUAAUUCCAGUAACAGGAAAUUUUUAAAUAAGAGAUUAUCAGAAAGAGAGUUUGAUCCUGACAUACACUGUGGGGUCAUUGAUCUCGACACCAAGAAGCCCUGCACCCGGUCUUUGACAUGCAAGACACAUUCCUUAACUCAGCGGAGGGCUGUCCAGGGUAGAAGAAAACGAUUUGAUGUGUUAUUAGCCGAGCACAAAAACAAAACCAGGGAAAAGGAAUCGAUUCGCCAUCCGGACUGUCAGCAACCAACGCAGCCUCUCAGGGACCCGCAUCCCGCCCCUCCUAGACCUCCACAGGAGCCACACCAAAACUCUCACGGAGUGAUUCCUUCUGAAUCAAAGCCUUUCGUAGCUAGUAAACCUAAACCUCACACCCCCAGUCUUCCAAGGCCUCCAGGCUGCCCUGCACAGCAAGGUGGGAGUGCCCCCAUUGACCCUCCUCCAGUCCAUGAAUCUCCACACCCUCCCCUGUCUGCCACUGAGCCAGCUUCUCGGUUAUCCAGUGAGGAGGGAGAAGGCGAUGACAAAGAAGAGUCUGUUGAAAAACUGGACUGUCAUUAUUCAGGUCAUCAUCCUCAGCCAGCAUCUUUUUGCACAUUCGGGAGCCGGCAGAUUGGAAGAGGCUAUUACGUGUUUGACUCCAGGUGGAACCGGCUUCGCUGCGCCCUCAACCUCAUGGUGGAGAAGCAUCUGAACGCGCAGCUAUGGAAGAAAAUCCCACCAGUGCCCAGCACCACAACACCCGUCUCCACACGUGUUCCUCACCGGACAAACUCUGUGCCCACGUCGCAGUGUGGGGUCAGCUAUCUGGCAGCGGCCACUGUGUCUACGUCCCCAGUCCUGCUCUCGUCCACCUGCAUCUCCCCAAACAGCAGAGCGGCACCAGCUCAUGGAACCACACUGAACGCACAGCCCGCCGCCUCCGGGGCAAUGGAUCCUGUGUGCAGUAUGCAAUCCAGACAAGUGUCCUCUUCGUCCUCCUCCCCCUCCACACCCUCCGGCCUUUCCUCAGUCCCCUCCUCCCCUAUGUCCAGAAAACCUCAGAAGUUGAAAUCCAGCAAGUCUUUGAGGCCCAAGGAGCCUUCUGGUAACAGCACUAACUGUCACAAUGCCAGUAGCAGUACCAGCGGCGGCUCAGGAAAGAAACGCAAAAAUAGCUCCCCACUGUCAGUCCACUCCUCCUCCUCCUCCUCCUCCUCUUCCUCCUCCUCCUCUUCUUCUCAUUCCAUGGAGUCUUUUAGGAAAAACUGUAUGGCACACUCUGGGCCUCCCUACCCCUCAACGGUAACAUCUUCCCACGGCAUCGGCCUCAACUGUGUGGUUACUAAAGCGAACUCGGUGAGUGUCCGGCACGACCAGUCAGGGAGGGGCCCCCCCGGUGGGAGCCCCGCUGAGUCCAUCAAGAGGAUGAGUGUGAUGGUGAACAGCAGUGACUCCACGCUUUCUCUUGGCCCGUUCAUUCACCAGUCCAGCGAGUUGCCCGUCAACUCCCACGGCAGUUACUCACACUCUCACACUCCUCUAGACAGACUCAUAGGAAAGAAAAGAAAGUGCUCGCCCGGCUCAAGCAGCGUCAACAACGGCAGCAGCAAACCCACAAAGGUUGCCAAAUUGCCAGCCAUGAACAACGUGCACAUGAAACACGCGGGCGCCAGCCCAGGGGCACAAGGACUGACGAACAGUUCCCUCCUUCAUCAGCCAAAGGCACGUCCCUGACAGCUGAACAUGGCACGGGGAGGAAUAAUCUGGACACUUUUGACGACAAGUUACACCUCCACUCAGCACUAUGGACUCCACGAUGCCUUUGAGUCUGUUUUCCCAACCUCCUGUGGGCCUCGAGGGUAGAAAUCUGCCGGGCUGUUGUUGUAACGAGGAUUUCCCUGAAGCUAUGUCAGUAGCAGUGAGUACUCAUAAAGGACACUGGAUCAAGUUCAGCCACCGAAAUUGCUUUUAUCAGUGUUAAAGUGGUCUGGACUGCUUGCUACCAAUCUGUGAGAAGUUUUUGCUUUGUUUUUUAACUUGCAGCACAUCAUGGAGCCGCUCUUUGAGUAGAUUGGCUGGGGGAGAGUAUGUCUUGGCAAAAGCAUUACUGUAGACUUUCUCCCUUCCUCCUCUCCCCGUCCCAGGUGUUUUUCUUACACUGUCUUCUGUGGGUCCCUCUCCAGCAGUUAGGUACCCCAGCUGGAGACGCCUUCCGGAGGAGGGCAGAGCUGCCCCCUGCACAGCCCUUCGCAGAAGGGCUCGGUCGUUAGGUUCUUACAGCAACGCUCCAGGAUUGGAAUACGGACGUUAGCGCGAGGCACCAGGACAAAAUAGCCUGUGUUUCCCCCCAGCCUUUUGCAGGUGAUUUGGGAUAGAAGCUGUCAAGAGUUUCUAACUUACAAACUGGUUUAAAGCCAUUGAUGCCCAGAAAGCGAGUAUACGACAUUUUAGAGGCUUACUUUUCAUGGUACAAAAGCAAUUCUAUGUGAUUUUUUUUAAAGAAAAUGCAAAUGCAAACUAGUUUUGAUAAUGGAAAGCCAAAUUUUGGUUGGGGAAGGGGGGGGGUGGAUGAAAUCACUAUGGGGGGAAUGUUUUUCCAAGAUUUCCAAAGAGAUGGAAUUUUUUAUCCUUCAAGUUUUCAUGUUAAACAGUAUGGUAGAUUGGGCUGGCUGUCCUGCUCAGUCUCCCAUUUUUAAAAAAUUGCCUUUGUAAAGUGAAAUUAUUAGGAUGCAGCAGAAACUGUCAUUCACUAAGUCAUUAAUAUACUUAAUGUUUCCAGGGCACUCUGUGCAUUACCCUCAGUCUCUGUGGAUACUGUCCUGGGACUCUGUAAAUUUCUGUGUCGAGUGCUCCCCAUAUUGUGUGUGUAUCUGCACUCCCCUUCCUGUCCACGUGUUCAUUUGGAUGCCAGUGGGUGGGGAGCAGGCACCCAGGGAGGGGAGUAGGCAGAUGUGUACGUGUGCCCAUGCACAGAUGCUGUGACGCAUAUAUAGUGUCUCCCCGACAGACCCUCCUUUCUGGGGAUUAAUGCUAGCCAUCUUCCUGAGAGAGAUUUGGAGACCUUCGUGGUUAUUCGUUUAUUUUUUUUGAAUACCCCAUCCCAAAAGACAGAGCUUAAUAUGUUAAAACGUCAUUGCUUAAGAAGGUAUCAUUGAAUUUGGGGGAUGAGCUGGGGCAUUUUAACUGGUGAUUCCACUCUCACAGCUCCUGAAACAAUAAAUAACCCAGGCACUUGUACUUAGAAGAACACACAAAGUUGCCGAACACCACAGGGUAAAUUUCCCAAGGCUCUGAUCAUUGUUCUGGGCAGAGCCUGGACAGAGCAAAUCAGUGCAUCCUUUUUUUCCCUACAGUUUUUGAGUUACAAACUUCAGUUUCAGGGAAUUUCAAGUCAACAACACGUAGAAUGAAUAAAUACUUGGUUACCAGCCUAAUAAUGUGAAUUGCUACAGAAUUACUCUUAUUAUGUAAGACAACGAAAACUUUAUGCAGAUACUUUAGCUAUAAAUUGAUGUAAACUAUUGAUUUUUUUUUUUAAAGGAAGGGGAGAGGAGUAUCUUGUUCACUUAUUAUGCAAUCAGUAAAUAUUUUUAAAAAAUGAUACUAUAGGAGAGCUUAUUAAGGAGAGCGCGUGGAUGGGCCAGUUUGGUGCAGUUAGGAGAAAUCAGUCUGGUUGUUCCGUCCCAGUGGAGGGAGAGAACGGAGGUAAGGGGGAAUCAGAACGUCUUUAGUUGAUUCCUGGGUGACAAGUGCAAUGGGGUAUGGGUAGAAUUUAUUUUCAGAGCCAAGGGGACUUGAUGGAUAUAAAUAAAGUUGCUUUUAGCAAUGGAAUUUAUAGACAGAUCAUGUUGUUCCGAAAGAUGUGAAUAGGACCCAUGAUAGCAAGUUGAUUCAGAAUUAUGUAGAUAUUUAGAUAAGCGAGUGUUGAUCAUUUGAUUUCUUAGACUGAGGUUUUAAUUGAAUUUCAUUAUGUCUCCCGGUAGUACACAGAUGAUCGGGAUUAGGAAAUUAGCCAUUUUGGAUUCUGCCUGCCACAAACAGACCUAUUCUAAACAGUGCUAUUAAAUUUUAGACUGUUCAAAUAUUUUAUUUUCUCCUACAACUACUUUUUAUUAUAAUGAACAAUUAAGACCAUUUAAAACACGGGAGUACAAGUAUUUUUUUGAAUUAAAUUAACUUGCAAAAACCAAAUUUGCAGUGGUUGGGUUGUUUCUAGACAGACUUUGGUAUCAAUUUAAAACCAAGAUAAUUUUUAUAUUCUUUCCAAUAGAAUUUCAUGACAACUCCUGCAGUUUUCUUAACCUACAAAAAAAAAAAAAAAUGUGCUGCAAUGAUGAACAAAGAAUUCUACAAAACCUACUUUUGUAUCUUUAUUUUGGAAUUUCUUGUUCUAUUAUAAAUAUGGAAGUAUCCCUAUUUCAGAAGACAUAUUUUGUUAAAAAUGAAUUGUACAUAUUUAAAUAUGUAUUUUUGCACAGGUCUUUUUUUCUGAUAUCCUGUUUUGGUACAAUUGAGAUCAUCUAGUAUUUAUUUAUUAAUUAAUAAAAGUAAAUACCUUUUUAUAAUUUGAAGUGGUUCACUGCCAAGCCAAUAGUUCUAGAACCUGCCUCCUUUACAGUUUAAGGGAUGCCUCUGUUCUGUGAAAGUCUUGUUGUCCCUUUUCAUGUCUCGGGAGUGGAUUCGUACAGACGAAGUGGGCAUUGCUUCUCUCUAGUUGCCUGAUUUCCCGAUAGACUACAUGUAACUAAGUGACACACUGCUUUUCUUUCGUUAGUGUUUUGUGUGUGAGUGUGCGUGUGCGUGCGUGCGUGCCUGUGUGUGUGUAUGUGUACGCUCUGAGCACAUGUGUGUUAGUCUGUGAUGUGGUUUCAAACUAACGGAAAAAGUGCCUGAACCUAGUUUUAAGCUUCGACAGAUUCUUUAAAAAGACUUGAAUGUUCAGUUGAAACCUUUGGAGUUUGCUUUUUCCACCUAAAUAUUGUUUCUAAAAUUUUAGGGGAGGGGUUGAAAACCACCGAUGCUGGUAAUUUUAUAAGGUAUUUUAAAAUUAAGGCCUUUUGGUUCACAGUAAUUCAACUGGUGACGUAUUGCCUGGUGGCAGCAAGGGUUACAAAUCUGUUUUGUCAGCCAGCAACUUAGAUGAUAUAUCCGUUUUAUUCACUCAUGAAAUACAGAGUUUAAAAUAGGAUAUUUAAAAUAUUUUCUAUUCCAAAAAUAUAAUACAAAGUACCUCUGAAAACAUUGCAAAAUGUAUAAUUUGAAAAAUGUAACUUAUAAAGGCAGCUGUCUUCCUGCGAGAGUUCUGUUGCCAAGGAAUUUCUUACUGUCUCAUUAUGUCCGGGGUGGGGAAGGGGGGGGUGGGAGGGUUGGGGGGCUUUGGAAAUGAUUGUGAAAAGUUUCAUUGUUUAACAGAAAAUAAUCAUUUUUACAUUUUGUGCAAAACAUUUUACAUUUUCAGAUCAUUUAAAUGAGCACUACAUACUGUCAGUGUGAAUGUAGGGCCUUGAAAAGCAUUUUGCUGUUUUUUUGAGCUUGGUUAUAAAAGCAAUCUCCUGUGUUGAAAUGUGUGAAUAGUGUGAUAAUUUGUACACAUAAUCAAGAGCAUCUCAGCUGGACUUCGUGUUGGCUGCUGUAUAGAAACAUGAACAAAUGUCAAGGGAUAGAAAAUUACUUUGGAUAUUUAAAAGAGAAGAAAUAUAUAGUCUAUUUGUUUUGUAACAAGUUUCUGUAAAUAAAAUAAUUUAUACUAUUUAUAAGAAAA